GCCUCUCCUCGCCCUUGCCCAGCACACCCAGCGCCCGGGCUCAGGUCUCCCGGGCACUCAGGGGCCACCAAGAUGCUCAGAGACCUGAGCUCCGCCCUCCUGCUCUGGGGGCUCCUGGGUUUUGUCCGUGCUCAGUUUCAAGAGGUGCUCUCACCAGACAGUGCCGUGGAGAGGGGCACCAACUGCCCAGAGAAGGCGCACUGCCCGGUGUACGUGUACUUCGUGCUGGACACGUCGGAGAGCGUGGCCAUGCAGCCGCCCACCGACCGCCUGAUGCAGCACAUGCAGGACUUCGUGGUGGAGCUGACGAGCCAGCUGCAGGACCAGCUGUACCUGGGCCAGGUGGCGCUGAGCUGGCGCAUGGGGGGGCUGCACUUCUCCGACGAGGUGCAGGAGUUCAGCCCGCCGGACAGCGACCGCGCGGCCUUCGUCAGCAGCCUGAAGGGCAUCGUGUCCUUCCGGCGCGGCACCUUCACCGACUGCGCCCUGGCCAACAUGACCCGCAACGUGCAGCCCGUGCUGGGCAAGGGCGCCGUGGUCUUCGCCGUGGUCAUCACCGACGGCCACGUCACCGGCAGCCCGUGCGGCGGCCUCAAGCUGCAGGCCGAGCGCGCCCGCGACCAGGGCGUCCGCCUCUUCGCCGUGGCCCCCAGCCAGCGGCUGUACGAGCAGGGCCUGCGCGACGUGGCCAGCGCCCCGCACGAGCUGUACCGCAACGGCUACGCCACCAUGCUUCGGGACUCCGCCGAGAUGGACCAGGCCACCAUCGAGCGCAUCAUCAAGGUCAUGAAACACGAAGCCUAUGGCGAGUGCUACAAAGUGAGCUGUUUGGAGAUUCCGGGGGCGCCUGGCCCCAAGGGCUACCGCGGACAAAAGGGUGCCAAGGGCAACAUGGGUGAGCCGGGUGAGCCUGGACAGAAGGGACGACAGGGAGACCCAGGCAUCGAGGGUCCCAUUGGAUUCCCCGGGCCCAAGGGGGUUCCAGGCCUCAAAGGAGAGAAGGGUGAAUUCGGAGCUGAUGGGCGAAAGGGCGCCUCCGGCCUGGCCGGCAAGAACGGGACCGACGGACAGAAGGGCAAGCUGGGACGAAUAGGACCUCCUGGCUGUAAGGGAGACCCUGGGAGCAGGGGCCCCGACGGCUACCCUGGAGAAGCAGGAAGUCCUGGGGAGCAAGGGGACCAAGGUGCCAAGGGGGACCCCGGCCGCCCUGGACGCAGAGGACCACCGGGAGACAGUGGGGACAAAGGAAGCAAGGGUUACCCGGGCAACAGUGGUGCCCCCGGCAGUCCGGGCGUGAAGGGAGCCAAAGGCGGGCCUGGGCCCCGAGGACCCCGCGGCGAGCCUGGCCGCAGAGGAGACCCCGGGCCCAAGGGCGGCCCAGGCAGCGCUGGUCCCAAAGGGGAGAAGGGUGACCCAGGGCCUGAGGGCGCCCGCGGGCUGGCUGGAGAAGUGGGCAACAAAGGAUCUAAGGGGGACCGUGGCCUGCCUGGACCCAGAGGACCCCAAGGAGCCCUGGGGGAGCCCGGGAAGCAGGGAUCUCGAGGAGACGUUGGGGAUCCAGGUCCCCGUGGGGACUCAGGGCCGCCUGGCCCCAAGGGAGACCCGGGCAGGCCCGGAUUCAGCUAUCCUGGACCACGGGGAGAGCCUGGUGACAAAGGCGAACCUGGUCCCCGAGGUCCUGAGGGCGGCAGAGGAGACUUCGGGCUCAAAGGAGAAAGCGGGAGGAAGGGCGAGAAGGGCGAGCCGGCGGACCCUGGACCCCCGGGGGAACCUGGCACCCGAGGCCCGAGAGGACCUCCAGGGUCUGAGGGAGAGCCUGGGCCUCCCGGAGACCCCGGCCUCACGGAGUGUGAUGUCAUGACCUACGUACGGGAGACGUGCGGCUGCUGCGACUGCGAGAAGCGCUGCGGAGCCCUGGACGUGGUGUUCGUCAUCGACAGCUCUGAGAGCAUCGGCUACACCAACUUCACGCUGGAGAAGAACUUCGUCAUCAACGUGGUCAACCGGCUGGGCGCCAUCGCCAAGGACCCCAAGUCUGAGACAGGCACCCGGGUGGGUGUGGUGCAGUACAGCCACGAGGGCACCUUCGAGGCCAUCCAGCUGGACGACCCGCGCAUCGACUCGCUGUCUAGCUUCAAGGAGGCCGUGCGCAACCUCGAGUGGAUCGCGGGGGGCACUUGGACGCCGUCGGCGCUCAAGUUCGCCCACGACCGGCUCAUCAAGGAGAGCCGGCGGCAGAAGACGCGCGUGUUCGCCGUGGUCAUCACCGACGGCCGGCACGACCCCCGGGACGACGACCUGCACUUGCAGGCCCUGUGCAGCGGCGACGUGACGGUCACGGCCAUCGGCAUCGGGGACAUGUUCCACGAGAAGCACGAGAGCGAGAGCCUGUCGUCCAUCGCCUGCAACCGGCCGCAGCAGGUGCGCAAUAUGACGCUCUUCUCCGACCUGGUGGCCGAGCGCUUCAUCGACGACAUGGAGGACGUGCUGUGCCCAGACCCCCAGAUCGUGUGCCCGGACCUCCCCUGCCAAGCAGAACUGUACGUGGCCCAGUGCACGCAGCGGCCGGUGGACAUCGUCUUCCUGCUGGACGGCUCGGAGCGGCUGGGCGAGCGGAACUUCCGCAAGGCCCUGCAGCUGGUGGAGGCCACGUCGAGGCGGCUGACGCUGGCCCGCGGGGACGACGACCCCCUGAAUGCCCGCCUGGCGCUGCUGCAGUUCGGGGCAGCGGGCGAGCAGCAGGUGGCCUUCCCGCUGACAUCCAAUCUGACCCGGGUGCAAGAGGCCCUGGACACUGCGCGCUACCUGGACUCGGCCUCGCAUGUGGGCGCUGGCAUCGUGCACGCCGUCAACCACGUGGCCCAGCGGGGCCGUGGAGGUGCCCGGAGACACGCCGAGCUGUCCUUCGUCUUCCUCACCGACGGCGUCACCGGCAACCUCAGCCUGGACGAGGCGUUGCACUCCAUGCGCAAGGAGAAUGUGGUGCCCACCGUGGUGGCCGUGGGCGGAGACGUGGACAACGACGUGCUGGCCAAACUGACCCUGGGCGACUCUGCUGCCGUUUUCCGCGAGAAGGACUACGACAGCCUGGUGCAGCCCAGUUUCUUGGACAGGUUCAUCCGCUGGCUCUGCUAGUGCCCAUCCCCGCCGGUCUUUGCAGUCCGACACUCCCGUGCAGCUCACCCUCUCGGGCCUGGCACUCCCGUCCAGCCGAACCUCGAGGUCCAGCAUCCGGCCCAGCCUGCCCUCGGACUCCAGGGCCCUGUC